AAAGACAUCAUAGACUUCAGAAUGAAGGUUCAUGUUUUCGGCAACAGCCCGUCUCCUGCCAUAGCCAUUUAUGGGCUUAGAAGAGCUAUCCGAGAGGGUUCCCAGGAACAUGGGGAAGACACAGUCAACUUUGUUAAGCGUCACUUCUACGUCGAUGAUGGCCUUUGUUCUAUGCCAACGGAUGCGGAAGCCAUCGACUUACUACGCCGAACCCAGACUUCACUUGCCGAGUCUAACCUCCGUCUACACAAGUUUGCCUCAAACAGUAAAGAAGUCUUGCAAGCUUUCCCACCAGAAGACUGUACAGGAGCCAUAACCGAUGUAGACCUCAGUGGAGAAGCUGCACACACUCAACGGAGUCUGGGUCUCCUAUGGGAGAUAACAAGGGACACGUUCACCUUCUCUGUUUCAACUGAUAUGAAGCCGUUUACUCGCCGUGGAGUCCUCUCCACGGUAAACAGUGUUUUUGACCCCUUUGGGUUUGUGGCCCCGGUCACUAUCCAAGGAAGAGCCCUUCUCAGGGAACUCACAGUCGAACUUUCUGAUUGGGAUACACCGCUACCCGCAGACAAAUUGAGUAAGUGGGAGGCCUGGAGAGACUCACUCCAGGACCUCAAGCUCCUUCACAUACCAAGGACAUACACAGCAGCCUCUCUAGCUAAAGCGGCGAAAACUGAGCUCUGCGUGUUCUCUGAUGCGUCCACUAAAGCCAUCGGUGCUGUGGCAUACUUGAAGACCAUACAAGAAGACGAACAAAUUAAAAUUGGAUUUGUUAUGGGAAAGUCAAAACUGGCACCUCAGUCCGAACCAACCAUCCCAAGACUUGAGCUAUGUGCAGCCGUCUUGGCCGUGGAAAUGGCAGAGCUAAUUCAUGAUGAACUGGAUGUUAAGCUGGAUGCAACCAAGUUCUACAGUGACAGCAAGGUUGUUCUUGGCUAUAUCUACAACGAAAGCAAACGUUUCCAUGUCUACGUGCAUAAUAGAGUUCAGCGUAUUCGCCAAUCCACAAAACCAGAACAAUGGCACUAUGUGCACACAGAGGAAAAUCCUGCUGACCAUGCAUCGCGGUCAGUUCCUGCUUCACGUCUGCCAGAAACAACGUGGUUUACAGGGCCCAACUUCCUCUGCAAAACUUCCAACGAACCAGAACCAGUCAAGUCAUUCAAUCUCAUCAAACCAGAUAUGGAUGUAGAGAUCCGUCCAGAAGUAAGGAGCUGUGCCACACAGCUCAAAGAAAAAGGACUCAGCUCAGAACGCUUUCAAAGGUUCUCCAGCUUCAAGACCCUUGUUCGAGCCAUUGCACUCCUAAUACAUAUUGCAAGGUGUCAAAAACCAUCCAACUGGAAUGACAGAUGUAAGGGAUGGCAUAAGUGCGAUCUGUCUCGCACUCCAGAUGAACUAUGUCAAGCAAAGGAGGUCAUCAUCAGAGCUGUUCAGAAGGAAGCAUUCAAAAAAGAAUUUGAAGCCUUGGAGACAUCCAAGCCAGUCCCUUUGAACAGCAGCCUUUAUCGGCUUAGCCCAAUGUUGCAGAACGAUCUUAUCUGCCUUGGAGGCCGGCUGAAGAAUGCUAACCUGAACAUUGGAGAAAAGAACCCGGUUAUCCUCCCCAAAGACAACCAUGUUUCCUUGCUACUCGUCAGACACCACCACGCUGAGGUCAAACAUCAAGGUCGUCAUCUGACGGAAGGUGCUGUCAGGGCAGCAGGACUUUGGCUCUUGGGCGGGAAAAGGAUCAUCAAUUCGAUUCUACACAAAUGUGUAACCUGCCGUAGGCUUAGAGGUAAAUUCCAGCAACAACGCAUGGCAGACUUACCUCCAGAACGCCUUAAGACCUGUCCUCCCUUUACAUACGUGGGUUUGGACGUCUUCGGACCAUGGGUCAUCUGCACCAGACGGACAAGAGGGGGGCAAGCUGAGAGCAAGCGGUGGGCCAUAAUGUUCUGCUGCAUGAGCUCCAGGGCUGUCCAUAUCGAGGUCAUUGACUCAAUGGACACAUCAGGCUGCAUCAACGCUUUAAGGCGUUUCUUUGCAAUAAGAGGACCAGCCAAACAACUGCGAUCAGAUUGUGGCACAAACUUCAUAGGGGCCUGUAAAGAACUUGGAAUGGGCAAAGACCAACCAGAUAAAACUGUGCAGACGUAUCUUAACCAAGAAGGGUGUUCUUGGGAGUUCAAUCCCCCACACGCCUCGCACAUGGGUGGUUCUUGGGAACGCCUGAUCGGUUUGGCCCGAAGAAUUCUGGACUCAAUGCUUCUUGAACAGUACACUCGCUUAACCCACGAUGUCCUGUGUACACUAAUGGCAGAAGUCACAGCAAUCUUAAAUGCGAGGCCACUAAUCCCAGUUUCCAAUGAUCCCGAGGAUCCAUUCAUCUUGUCGCCAUCAAUGCUCCUAACUCAGAAAGUGGGAGUCCCUUCCCCACCUGGGGAUUUCACAGACAAGGACCUCCUCACAAAGCAGUGGAGACAAGUUCAAUCUCUGGCCAACAGGUUCUGGAAUCGUUGGAGUCGUGAGUACUUGCCCACCUUGCUUUGCAGGAGGAAAUGGCACAAGUCCUACCAAAACCUUCAGGAGGGAGACAUUGUCCUUCUUAAAGACACUCAAGUAGCCCGUAACCACUGGCCAACGGCUAUAAUCACGAAGACCUUUCCUGGAAAAGAUGGAAGAGUGAGGAAGGUGGAAUUAAGGACCACAGUUCAGGGAUCUUCAAAGACUUUCUUCAGGCCAGUCUCGGAAGUCAUUUUACUUUUAGUUAAGGACUGAUGUACUAAAACACACUCAUUUCCUAGUUUAGUAGUACUAGUGACCUCACUGAGGCCAGGCGGGGAGUGUGUCGCCUUUUAGGCAUGAGGGAUUAUAUUGUAUAGGCUUUUAUUUUGUACAAGCUUUUAUUUUGAAAUGGUUUCAUGCCUAAGGAGUUCCAGGGUCAGGGGUUAGUUUCCUGUUAGUGGUUAGAGAAAGAUGGUAGAAUCAGCUGACAUGCUUUCGUCAUCCAUUGCAAUCCACAUUGUAAAUGCUGCAGAGGCAAUGUCUUUUCACUCUUCUGUCUGUGACAUGAUGUAAAGAGCCACAGUAAACAGCUUGAGAAGCUUACUACGACUCAACUCGUCAUUUUCAGAAAGAGU